AUGUUUUGGUAAUGUUACGCUUGAAUUGCCUGUGCUACUCGUAAAACAUUUUGCAAACAAUAGAUACAAGCGGUCCUGAUAGAUUAUACCCUCCAAAAUGGGGAUGGACGGAGAGAGAGAGCAGAACGCCAGCUUUAUCUAGGGGCUAAACAACACCAUGGUGCAUAAAUCAAUAUUACGCUUAUCUUGACCAGCUGUGAGAACUUGUGCAGGCUGGCCGUAGCAUGACUGAAAUUGGAAACACGAAAAGUGCCAUUGAGACCUCACUUGAGUUUCACUUUCCACUCGACAUGGGUUACUGGUCGGAGACGCGGGCCUGGCUACUGAGGGAUCCAGCAAAGCUCAUCCGCUACCUGGUGCUCUUCGCCUGCAGCAUCGUGGUGAUUGUCCAGCUCUACGAGUGCUUUGCAAAACUCUACGAUCCUCCGAUCUCUACACACUCCUACUACAACCUAAACGAAACAAUUGAGAUGCCAGCGAUAACCAUAUGUCGGGAACCACCCUACAGAGAGGACGUUCUCACGAACCUGUCUGGAGCAUACUGUCCGCAUCCAAAGUAUGCCACCUGCUGGAUGAAGUAUCCUUUUGGCGAAAUAUCCCUAGAUGAGUUCUUUGAGAAUUCCACCCAUGACGUCGACGACACCUUUAUCCUCUACGGACUAAAUGGUGAUAAGAACAAUCUAGAAAUCGACAGCAGUCUGCACUUUUAUAUGGGUCGCUGCUAUACCCUACGCCCGAAGGCACCCACCAAGCGAGUCUCCAAAUCUGUGGGCUACUCUCUGAUGUUAGAACAUGCCAGAUCCACAACCUCGACCAGUGACGUGGACACUGGAGGAUCAGGCUGGCAUGUCUUCAUUCACGAUAAACGAGAGAACUUUACAGAAAUCAACAUGAAGGGCUCGGGCCGUGUGGAAUAUGUUUUCGUGAAUAUCAAUGAGGAGAUUGAGAUCAAGCUCCAGAGUCAAUACUUUUCGAAUGUGGAGACUCGCGAGGAACCCUGCUCGAGUGAUGAGGGUUACAGUGAUUUGAAGUGCGGGGAUCAUUGCAUCUGGCAGGAUUUGGCGGAUGAGUCAAAGUGUUCGGGUCCUUGGAUGCACGAGAUUGUCAAUGAGCCCUGCAAUGACUCCCUAUCUAUGAGGAAUCUAAUAGCGGACUAUAAGGAGGUCUAUGAGAAUGAGGAUGACUUUGACUGUGACUGUAUUCAACCCUGCCAGUCCCGAAUCUACACAACUUUCAUACAGAGCCGUAAAGUCUUUAACCAGCCAGAGCCCCGCUCUCUAAUCUAUAUAUACUAUACAACCAAAUUGAUAUCGAUGAUUGAAGAGCGCCCAAGUUACGAUACAACGCAGUUUAUAGCAGAUAUAGGCGGCUCUUUGGGCUUCUUGUUGGGUCUUUCGGUUUUAGGACUCAUUGGAAUACUGGAACAUAUGACUCUAUUCUUUUGUGGAGGCUUUAUCAAGCGCAUGCAGCAGAAGGAGAAAAGCAAAUUGGGCGAAACAUCAGAAGAUGGUCAGUCCCAGACCAGCGGUGAAACCAUGGAUGUGGCUGUGUCCACUGUCUAUAAGAAGAAGUCUGGGUAUUAAUAGAUGGAGUCAAGCUGGCUUGGCA